AUGCCUAACGAGUUCUUGAAGGACGAAAAGUUCUUGAGAAUUAGAAAGCUUAAUGCUGAAGAUGGUGCUGCAAAGAGAAAGUCCGUUGUCCUUUCAGACAAUGAAUAUGAUGAUGAUUCUUUUCUAAACUUAGUAGAAGAAGUUAAACUGGCUGAAAGCAGUGCAACUGCUGUGGCAAGUGGCUCUGAAAUUUCAGAUAAAAUACUACCAAGUGAAUUGACCUCUGAUGAUGUUGCCAUUGAAGAUGAAGAAGAAGAUGAAGAUGGAAUUGAAUUGAAAAAAUUAUCAAAACAAAUAUCAAGGGCUCAAUCACCUGGGACCGAAGAACGUAUUAUACAAAGUCAUGUUAAACAUUUACAUGGUAAGGAAAAAUUAAGGUAUAGACGUGAUUCAAAAGAAUUCGUUUCUUACUUCAACGAUGUUAAAUUCGAAGAAAGACCUUCUAUCUUGGAUGGUUCAAUCAAUGUUCCUUAUCAAGAAUCAUUUAAUGGUCCUACUUUGGAAAAAAUUAUGAAACAAAGAGAAAAGGAGAAAUUAAGUAACAAUGGUGUAGUUCAACAAUCAAGUUUUGCGGGUAUUUACGUUUUAUUUUGGAUGGCUUUAUCAUUCUCUGCUAUGAGAACUUUUAUCGAUUAUUACAAUCAAAAUAAUGGUGUCACACAAUCUGAAAUCUUAAAUUUUAUGACUUCUGAUUUAUUCACUAUCGCACUAGUCGAUUUUUGCAUGUAUUUGGGUAUUUGGGUAAUUUUUGCUAUUCAAUGGUUAUGUAGAUAUAAAUUUAUCCAAUGGCGUAAAUUUGGUUGGAAUUUUACCGCCUACUACGAACCGGUUUACGUCAUCUUUUUCAUCAUUUUAACUGAAAAUAUCCUACAUUUACAUUGGAUUGCCAAAAUUUUCCUAUUCUUACAUUCAUUAGUCUUAUUAAUGAAGAUGCAUUCUUUUGCAUUCUUCAAUGGUUAUUUAUGGGACGUUAAAGAAGAGUUAGAAUACUCAGAAAAUGCUUUGAGUAGAUAUAAAGGCACUGAUAAAGAAGUAACCGAUGUUUUGAAGAAGAGUAUUAGUUUCUGUAAGACUGAAUUAGCUUCUUCAUCUAAUAAAAGUCAGAAGUUCCCAAAAAAUAUUAAUGUUCAAAACUACUUCAUGUAUACUAUGUUCCCAACAUUAGUUUACCAAACAGAAUAUCCAAGAACAAAUAAAAUUAGAUGGCGUUAUGUUGCUGAAAAGUUAAUUGCUACCUUUGGUAUUAUCUUCGUUAUGAUGGUUGUUGCUCAAACAUUCAUGUAUCCAAUUGCUAUGCGUGCCAUCGCAGUUCGUCAUUCUGAAUGGACCGGUUAUUUGGGUAGAUUGAAACAGUGGAUGAUGUUAUUGAUAGAUAUUGUUCCAGGUUUCAUUGUUAUGUAUAUGUUAAAUUUCUACUUGAUCUGGGAUGCAAUCCUAAAUGGUAUUGCAGAAUUAACAUGUUUUGCUGACAGAUAUUUCUAUGGUGAUUGGUGGAACUGUGUGGAUUGGAGUGAUUUUUCACGUAUUUGGAAUAUUCCUGUUCACAAAUUCUUAUUGAGACAUGUAUACCAUAGUUCUAUCAGUUGUUUGAAAUUAACUAAGUCUCAAGCAACUUUUAUGACUUUUUUCAUUAGUUCUGUUAUUCACGAACUUGCAAUGUAUGUCAUAUUCAAUAAGUUAAGAUUUUAUUUAUUCUUUUUACAGAUGUGUCAGUUACCUUUGGUUGCUAUGAGCAAGACCAAGUUCUUGAGGGAUAGGCCAGUUAUUGGUAAUGUUAUCUUUUGGAUUGGUAUCUGUACAGGUCCAAGUAUAAUGUGUACAUUAUAUUUGACAUUUUAA